AUGGAGGUCAACGACCUGAGCGAGGCCCAGCUCCAAAGCUUCGAGUGGGCUCUGGUCGAGGCCCUCACACGCAAGUACCAGGAUAUGCCGUGGCGAGGUCAGGGCUAUCGCUCGAUUCUGUCCGAGGACUGCGCGCACGUCGUCGAUCACGUCCUGCGCCAUGCCGCGCGCGAGGCCCACAUCACCGACCUGCCCUACAGGAUGCCUGCCGAGGCCUUCGUGAUCUGGGUCGAUCCUGGCGAUGUCGAAGUCAAAUUCCUCAAAUCGCAUCGAACCGAGGUGCUCUACCACCAGCCCUCCUACACGAUGGUGCCCGAUUCGAGCGCUGCGAGCCACAGACGCAGCAUGGCUGCCACGUCCUCGUCGAGCACGCGCAACAGCUACGGCCAUGGCCGCGUUCGGUCAAUCGAGGAGGUGGACGUCGAUGGCGCUUCAUCUCUGCUCAUGCCCGACGAUGACCGCAGCAUGCGCUACAAGAACGGGCUGCAACAGCAGCACGACUACCUGAACGCCUCGGACAGCGCCGUCUUCGUCCAACGCGGCCAUGCCAGCCCGCCUCGCGCCUCGACUGGCGCGUGGAACGCUGGCAGCGGCACCUACACCAGCAAGUCGCCAUCGAAGUUCAACCUCAACGCUCGCCCCUGGGAGCGGCCUUCGAAUGGACCUUCAUCUUGGGGCGCCAAGCCUGGCUUUCGCUCACCGAGCCCAGUCGGCCUGGCUGGCGUCGUGUAA